GGCGCGUUUAUUCGCAAAAGUUGAUCACGUGACCGUGGUGGAGCCCGACCUCCACACUCCGAACUGCCAGGUAUAAAAGAGCGGCUCUUUACCAGUGCAGACAGAUUGCUCGCUCAGCUAAUCACAAACCAAUCCCAUCACCAUGUUCAAGCUCGUUGCCUUCGCCGCCCUCCUGGCCGUCGCCAGCGCUGGACUCGUCGGCCCCGUGGCCUACUCCGCUCCUCUGGCUUAUGCCGCUCCCGCUGUUGCCCCUGUCGCCUAUGCCGCCCCCGCCGUCGUCAAGACCGUCGCCCCUGUCGCCACCUCCUACGCUAACACCUACAAGGUCGCUGUGAAGGCCCCCGUCGUCGCUGCCGCCCCUGUGGCUUAUGCCGCCCCUGUCGCCUACGCAGCUAGGCCCGUCGUUGCCGCUGCCCCCGUCGCCUACGGCGCCACCCUCCUCCACUAAACUGGUCACGAAGAUGUUCCUUGUACAGAGUUAUUUAUGAUGAUGAAAAUUGGAAAAUCUAUUUGAAAUAUAAUGCAAAAUUAUAUUUAAAAA